CAGCCCCCGCCUCACAGAGGAGGAGCAGUAUGUGAGCGAGGGGGAGUGUUUGCAGCCGGACGUGACGCGGGCGCCGCCCCCCUGCCAGGACGCCGAGACCAUCACAGAUGUGUGCAACAGCACUGACCUGCCAGAGUUCGAGAUCAUCAGUCUUUUGGAGGAGCAGCUGCCGGUGUACCGGCUCCGGGCCGACACCGUCUACGGCUACGACAAUGACGACUGGGUCCACACCCCUAUGGUCGCACCGGAUGCCAGCCUGGACCUGACCUCAGAGCAGAUCGAGGAGACUCUCAAAUACUUCCUGCUAUGUGCGGACCGGGUGGGCCAGAUGACAAAGACCUACAAUGACAUCGACGCCGUCACACGUUUGUUGGAGGAGAAAGAACGGGACCUGGAGCUGGCCGCAAAGAUCGGUCAGUCGCUUCUUAAGAAGAAUCGGACUCUGACGGAACAGAAUGACUAUCUGGAGGAACAAGUGGGACAAAUCACAGAGGAGGUGGCCCAGCUUCACCACGAGCUGAACCUGAAGGACGAGCUGCUGCAGUUCUACACCAACGCGGUGGAAGAGAGCGAGGACGAGUCCAGCAGCUCCCCCACAGGUAAGAGGAUCAAAGCAGAGACAGCCUGUGGCGGCUUCGUGAGCGACACCCUGCAGAGGAAGCUGAAGGAGCUGGAAGAGGAGAACCUGUCGCUGCGCUCCGAGGCCAGCCACCUGAAGACGGAGACGGAAACCUACGAGGAGAAAGAGCAGCAGCUCGUCAAUGACUGCGUCAAAGAACUACGGCUGUCCAGCUUGCAGAUCUCCGUCAUAGCCGAGGAGCUGGCUCGGAAAACCGAGGAUGCGUCCCGGCAGCAGGAGGAGAUAACGCACCUCCUCUCUCAAAUAGUGGAUCUGCAGAAGAAGGCGAAAUCCUACGCCGUGGAAAAUGAGGAGCUCUCCCAACAUCUGCUGGCGGCCAAAGACGCUCAGAGGCAGCUCACCGCAGAGCUGCAGGAGCUGGAGGAGAAGUACUCGGAGUGUAUUGAGAUGCUGCAUGAAGCACAGGAGGAACUGAAGAACCUGAGGAACAGGAACUACCCUGCAGGAACUCCUCGACGCUAUCAUCCUCUGGGGCUCUUCCCGAUGGAUUCCCUGGCUGCUGAGAUUGAAGGAACAAUGAGGAAGGAGCUGAGCCUGGAGGACCCGGAGUGUGAAGAGCUGAAGGUUCAUCGGAAGCGCGUCUUUGAGACGGUGAAAACCGUGAACCAGACGGUGCGUCAGCGCUCUCUGACUCCAACGGGCAUCCCCGGCUCCAACCAGUCCCUGUCGGCGCGCACGUCGCCCCAGUCCAGCGGUCUCUCCACGCCCCACUCCUCUGUGUACGGCGGCGACAUCAGCGGAGACGGCGUUAUCCUGGACAACCGAACGCAGAGCAUCCUCAUGGAGACGGCGUCCAACCAGGACAGUGCAGAGAACAAGAAGACAAGCGGCGCCGAGGACCUGCGGCUCGCUCUGCGCCGCCUCUCUCUGCGCCGCCAGAACAACCUGAGCGAGAGGCGCUUCUUCGAAGAGGAGCGAGAGAGGCGGCGAGGAGGACAGGUGGGGCUGCAGGAGAGCGUCCUGACCCCGUCCGACAGCAUCAUGUCCCUGGGGAACCUCCACCUGUGGGCCUCGCGGGGGCCCUACCUCCCAGACAAGCUCCAGAUCGUGAAGCCGCUUGAAGGGUCUGCCACGCUGCACCACUGGCAGCAGUUAGCGCAGCCUCACCUCGGGGUGAUUCUGGACGCCAGGCCCGGGGUGGUGCCCAAAGGGUACAGACCCCUGGAGCUGGAGCUGGAGCAGGUGCAGCCGUGGACCGGCUUGGAGGAGGACGAACCGGGAGAGCAGUACUUCCAGAACCUGCCCACCUCCUCAGCCUCAGCUUCUCCGGCCGCGCCCCCCUCCUCAGACCCAGGUGACACCAGCUCAGCCCGGCCUCCACUUUCCCUCGCUCCUCCUUCCCCACCGUCUCCAUCGCCAUCGCCUCAUCUCAGCAACACGGAUGCACUGGCUGCAUACUUCCCCGGCAAAUGUAUGCCCCACACCAGCUCCACCUACACCUUCACCACCUGCCGGAUCCUCCACCCCACAGAUGAGCAGACGCAGGUCACGCCCAGUCUGAACCCUACUCCUGCCGCCUCCUCCUGUGUGAUGACCAGCUCGCUGUUGGCCACGCCCGCCGCCACGCCCUGCACGCCGCGCAGACUCAGCCUUCGCCCGUCUGAGUCCUCAACAAACCUCAGAGAUGCGACGCGCACCACCAGCACCUCUCUGGGUUUGGUGCGUCUGCUCCAGGAGAGGGGCAUCUCUGCCGCCAUGUACCACCAGAGCCAGGAGCACAGUCUGGGAGGGGGCGGAGUCCUGCUCAGCACCUCUGUUGCCCCGAUCCGAGUACCCCACCCCGACCCGCUGCGCCCGCCCACGUCUCCCAACUCCCCCACCCGGCCGGCCGCCUCAGCCGCCUCCUCCUCCUCCGGCUUUGACUUCAAAAGCCCCUCUUAUGACAACUUCCUGGCGUCCAAGCCAGCUCGAUCCAUCCUGAAGGAGGUGACGGGGGGGGCGCGAGGCAGGCAGAGGGGGCGGGAUUGUGAGAGCCAGACGGACGUCAGCGUAAGCGUCCAUAACCUCAACUUGCUGGACAAGGUGAAGCGGCUGGGAGUGGCGGGGGCUCCAGGGGGCAGGGCCAUGAGUCCGGGGCCCAUUCUUGGACCGUUGGGGGGGCUCCGCAGGUCGAGCUCACCCUUUGCUCCGGACGGAAUGAGGAGGAACAGAAGUUACCCAGCCAUGGUGUCAGCCAGCAUGGCUAUGAAAGGCCCGGGGCCGCAGCCGUGAGCUGGACCUCCUCCAGGAAGGUGACGAGGAACGAAACAUGGACGGACCAUGAUCACAAAACACCCCAACCCCGCACCAUACUCAGACUAAAAAGAAACAAAGGUGGAGUUGUAACCAUUGCCUGUAUAAGAGAACUGGACCGAGUGAGACUUGAUCUAUAGAAAACAGUUUAUUUCUAGUUCCAACCAAAUAUAGUCAAUUUAGACGCCAUUAUAUUCUGAUCCAGACAUCUCCAGACGACACCAGUAAGCAGUGAUUAGUCUGUGUCAUUGUUUCUAUGGCAACCACUAUCAACAAUCAGGAUUUAGCUUUUUGAAAGGCCACGCCCCCACCACUUAAAACUUGAUUCUGUAAUGAACAGUCAAACAUGAAAUGUUCACAAUGCGUUUCUGAUGGGCUCAGAAAAUCCCAUCAUGCUGCUGAAAAAUCCACUUCAUUAAACCAACCAUCUUUAAAGGGUAACCAGACAGGACAGCUGGAGGGGCGGGGCUAGGAGAUGCAGGCUGAGCGUAGGAGGUGUGGUCUGGAUGUGAUUGACAGUAGCAGUGAGGUUAGCUUGAGGUAACUAAAGGAUCUUUUUAUUAUUGUCGCGAUGAAAAUAAAAUUCAAAAGUCGUAAAGUUCAGGAACCCCAAGCAGGCUGCACCCCAACACACAGGCGCUCUUCAUCUGCUGGUCAGCCAGCUUUCCAAGCUAGAAAGCUCCGCCGUUCUCGGCGUAGCGGAGCGACCUCUGCCGCUCUCAGCGGCGCAGUGUGAGCUCCGCCGUUUUCAGGAUCACGGGUGAGCUCUCUGCUUUAGCUCCUCCACUCUCAGCGUCGCUGGGAGAGCCCAAACAAUCACGUGGAGAGCUUCAACUCUCGAGAGUGUCAUGUGUUCAAAGAUGGGCGGGGCUUUUAUCCUGGAGCUCGGAGCAUGAUGAGUGGGACUUCUUGGACUAGUUGACCAAUCACAAAAUUAAACUGUAAUACCUCGUUUCAACCUGUAGAGGGCAGCACACAGGUUAACUUUUGCUUCAAAGGCACAAAAGUUAGAAAACGUCCUGUUUUCUGUGUGAAAACUCAAAUUAAAAGUGUUUGGUUUAGCAGUGGUAGCAAAGUGUUAGCACACUUUGUUACUAAUGACUGUAUCUGAGAACUGGACUGAGUGACUCCAACCCUGCUGCAAAAUCCCAUAGACUUCUAUAGAGAACAGUUAUUACUCUGUCACUCUAUUUGCUACAAUAAUCAUUCUUGCUCUGUUAACUUUUUUAUGAACAUCCUCUUGAUAAUGAUAUAUAUAUAUAUUUGAAAGUUAUUCAAGUUAUAACCUGACCAAUCAGAUGGCUCAGUCAAUCAAUUCAAGGCCUCACCUUGAACGUUUGACUCAAGAUUCUCCCAAUCCCGCUGUCAGUGGAAGGAGUGUGGUCUUUAAACAAGUUCCUCUAAAAACAUGACUCAGACCGUGUCAGACCAAUCACUGUCAUCCAGCUCCAAACACCAUGUGGAAAAUCAUCGAGGGAUUUGGCCUCUUUUCACUGGAGCUGCAGGUAAGGCCCAUCACACCCUGCUUUGUCCAGUGGUACUAUAUGUCUACGCGUUGGACGGUAGAAAUGUUUGACUGACAGAUUUUCCCCAGCCCUCUUUCAAGUGGUAGGGGUGUGGCCUCCCAACAAGCUCACUCCUGACUGGUUGUCACAGACUGAUCACUGCUUACUGACGUCUGGAUCCAACAUGGCGAUGUCUGCAUCAUGAAAAAAUGGCCACUCAAUGGACUUUAUUUGGGUGGAGGUAGAAGUAAACCAUUUUCCAUGCAUGACGUUAUACUCAGUCGGUCCAGUUCUCGUAUACAGUCAAUGAUUGUAACACAAGAAAAAAGAAAAUGCCCCCUCAAACAGUAAAAUGUACUUUUGAGUCCAAAAAAUUUUUAGUUGACUCACUUUAGGCUCUAAAGAGAAAAUUAUAAAAGGAAAACUUUAUCGGCAACUGAGUUUUCACACAAAUGUGAGUUAUGUUACUGAAACAGUUUUUUGUCUCCUUUCCUGCCACCAGAGGUCUCUGAAAUCAUCAGUAUCUGUUCUCUACAUGACUUUGAUUCUUCUUCUAUGGUGCCCUUUUCUACCUGCUUCUGGCAUGAAUAAUACUUUGUUUGAAAUGUGCAUCUUAUUGUAGAGCUCUUAUUUUGUCAAGUGUUCACGUUUUUGUCAUGGCCAGCAAAUAUUUUCAUUAAUGAGAAGUACUGAUGGGUAUUUUUUUACUUUUUGCUUUCUUUUUUUUUUGUCAAACUGCAGCUAAUGGUCUCUUAGCAAAAAGUAUUACGCUUGAAGUAAGUAUUCUUGAGUAUAAGUAAGUGUGCUAUGGAGCAUGUACAUGUAGUGUAGGAAGUAUAAUUGAAUACUUCUUCGGACUAAAUUAACUCUACAUAUACUGCCUCACUUUUAAUAUAGACGAUGUAUGUAGUACACUUCAGUUCACUACUUUUUGCUAAGGGGCAGAAAGUUGUGCGUUUCAUCAGAGGUUUGUUGUGGUGUCAGAUCUCUUCAGGCGACUCUAGCCAAACUCUUUGUGUCUGACACACUCUGACUCAUGCCAUCAUUUCUGCAACUAUCCCAACAAACUAAAUCCUCUCAGCUGGUUGUUGUGACCUCUUCUAUUUCCAAAAUUCUGUGUCUUAUAAGUGCAAUCUUGGGACCCUUGAGUGGUUAAUCUAAAGCAGGGGUGUCAAACUCAAUCACAUAAAAAUCCAAAACGCACCUGAGGUUGAACAGGAUAAACAUUUAUUGAACACUUUAAAACUAUGUUUUUAAAACUUUAAAACUGCAACUUUUUAACAUGAUUAUGAACUAGAUAUACAGCAUUACCUGUGAUGAUGCUAGUCUUAAUGCUGUUGGCUGAAUUUACUGCUGAAGAUUCUAGGGCUGAUAGCUGAAAACGCUGAAGCUGAUAGCUAAAAAUGCUAAAGUUUAUAGCUGAAAUUGCUUGGGCUGAUAUCCAGCUAAAAUAUUUAAUAAAUACAAAAUUAGCCUAAAAAACGUAAAAAUAAAAACUUGCCAAAAGUGUAGCUGAAAUGUUAGCUAAACUCCAGAACAGCCUUAAAAACUUUUUUAAAAAGCCUAAAUUGGACAAAAAUACUCGCAUUAAGCUAGAAUAUUAUCUAAAUUUUAAAAUACCUUAAAUAACUUUCAAUAUUUUACUCUCCAUAAAAAUAUAUUUUGUCAAAAUUAAACAAGUUAGAAAAAAACACAAGAUAACAUCGGUUCAUUAAUAAGAAUAAAAUAAAAUGAUCUGGAGGGCCGGAUGGAAUUACCUGGAGGGCCGGAUCCGGCCCCCGGGCCUUGACUUUGACACAUGUGGUCUUAGGUUAAGAUUUUUUCUGAUUCGACUCACCUUCUUCUUUCAUGCUGUUUGUCUUUUAUCAAACUCAAGUCCUUUGUAUUGCCAAAACCUUUCAAAAUGAGAAGUUUUGUACUUGUGCCGAACACAAGGAGCUCCACUCCACUUUAGCAUGCUAACAUUCAGAAGGAAAAAGGUGCCGUUUGGAGCGUUAGCUGGAUGCAGUCAUGCUGCUGAACUCUCAGACGCCUCAGAGUCCAUGUCAAGUCUCUGCUGGCUAAACAUUGCUCUCCUGCUCUCCAUUACACUCCGUUUGCUCUGGUUGGCUCCGUAGCUGCUGUAGCAAAAAGCUCUGUUAGUUUUUUACAGCUGAAAUCUUAUACUAUAAAUAUUGUUAAAUGUUAUUUUGUUUCCGGCAGAGAUGAGGACUUCAGACUCUCGGUUCACUGGCUCUCACAGGAAAGGACGAACAAGAGCAACAUCUUUACGGUUUUGUUGCUGUGUCUGACAGUUAUAAGGAGGAUUUAGUCACUUUUUACUGAUAAGAGGACUCGAAACCUGGAGCUGUGGGGGCCUCCAGUCCCCCCAUCCCUCUCUAAAGACGCUUUCCUGCAGCUUCACGUUUACUUGAGCUUUGUUUUCCAGUUUCCCAUGAGAUUAUUAGUUUAAUGGAGUUUCCAGUGAACUAAACAGAUCAAUACACUGAAAUAAAGAGCUGUUCAGAAGCUUUAGAGGGUUUCCCUCUUUGAAGAACCACUCAGAUAAAAAUGUUUUCAACAGGUUCUCUGUCAAAUUCAAUUCAGAUUAAAUUUGUGUUUUUGAAUAUGUACUUAUUCAAUUUCUGUGAAUCCGGACAAAACAAAUGUCAUUGAAAAAGGUUGUAUUUGUGACAGAAAAUACUGUGGGCGGUGUACUCGCUCUCUGCUCCGCUCCAUUCUGAUCAUCCACUUCCUGACUAAUAGAUCCAUGAGCUGUUUUCUCUGUUUUCUCUGCCUGAGCUGGAAUCUGGAUCAGAACUGUACGACUCCUAUACCGCUCGCCAUUUUGGUUGUACUUAGAGGAGCUAUAAGCUAGCGGGAAAGAGUGUAAACAGAUAGGUGAUGGGAAGUGGGUGCGCGUUUACUCUGUUCCAACGCUCAGAAGUACAUUUCUAAUCAAGUCCUGCCGCUCUGUAGAAACUAUGUCUUGGAAAACGACACGUUUUGGCUAAAAUCGACAUUAUCUAAAUUUAAAGACCCAUGGGAACGCUUUGAAAAGACAUUAAAAAUGAUCAGAGUAAUAAAGUCAUGGAGUGGCCAUAACCAGACUUGUAUGUAUUUAUUUUAAACUAUUGGUUUGCAAACAUGUAUGUUGUUCUGCACACUUCACGUCAUAGUUCUAUCCACUGAAAUGCCAUAUAGACACUGGAAUCCAUGUAAUAAUGGAGAGCAUGUAAUCAGGUUUUUUUUAAAUAAACAUCAUUAAAUCUUA